UCGGGCAGCAGUUCAGGCGAAGGACCUCUCGGUAGUAAUGCGGAAGUUGGAGUUUGUGGUAUUUCCUCUGGUCUCUAAUGCGGGGCCAACUGCAAUAAAUGCGUAUCGGGAAAUAUUUCUUGUUUGAAAAAACAUCCAUUCAGCAAGCCAGAUAUAAAACACUGUAAAAUGUCAUCGGAGGAGUUUGAAAAAUUGCACGAAAUCUAUAAAAGUCUUUAUGAUGAGCUGAAGUUGAUGCCGGACAGAGCUGCGCGAUGUCACGGAGAGGAAAGGAAGAGGUUGGUCAGAGACUUUGAUGAAAAAGUGGGAGAAGCAGAGGAAAUGCUGCAGGGUAUGGAUAAGGAGCUGCGUGUAGCGCCCUCCUCCUUUCGCAACUCGAUGUCGGCGAAGCUGCGCCUGUAUCGCAGGGACCUGGGCAAGCUACAGCGCGACAUGAAAAGCUGCGAGCCGUCCCUGGGCUUCUCCGGGCGGCCAGGGGAGAGCGGCCACGGCAGCUAUGGCAUCUAUGCCUCGCAGAAUGAGCAGAGUACCCAGGCACAGUCCCAUCGUGCGCUGCUCCUCCAGGGUACGGAGUCCUUGCACCGCGCCACGCAGAGCAUCGAGCGCAGCCAGCGGAUCGCCGUGGAGACAGAGAAUAUUGGCAACGACAUCAUCGAGGAGCUGGGGGAGCAGAGAGAGCAGCUGGACCGGACCCGUGACCGGCUCAUUCACACGGGGGAGAACCUGAGUCGCAGUCGCAAGAUUCUGCGUUCCAUGUCUCGGCGGCUCAUGACUAAUAAGCUCCUUCUGUCAGUCAUCAUUCUCAUGGAGCUGGCCAUCCUGGGAGCUGUCGUCUACCUCAAGUUCUUCCGCCGCUAGGAGGGGGUGUGUCACAACUAAAUGUGAUGGGUUGCACAGCUGAGCCACUCUUCUGUAUGAUGUUCCUCACCCACCCCCCGCCCCACCCUUGCGUUCCUUAAUUUGGCAAAGAGGUUGGAUGGCCCAGCACAAUAUGCCCCCCCCCCCCGAAAAUCCUCCUUCAUACGUGUUUCCAUGACUUCAGAGGAGCGGGCAGGGGGAACCGAUGGACUGCCAGAGCCAUGUGCUUCUGGAUUUCUGACUACAGGGGGAGCAUUAUUCCAAGCUGGUUUUUUACCACCUAUGAUGUAGACGCAUGAAAUGGGUGGCUGACUGGUGCUCUUACAGCGACUGGGGAAUGAAGUCCCCCUUCCCCCUUAUCCUUAUAUCGCCUGUAAGUGCCAGAAUUUGCUGCCGAGCACAGACAGCGCCCCCUAAAGGUGUGGCUGUCUUGGUGUGCCCGCACAGCCCCUAACUCCCCCCCCCCCCCCCCCCCUUUCCCAAAUGACUGUAGCUUCUGUCAACUCGAGCAAUACUGUAAAUACGGAGAUGUUAAUGUUACAGAGACACGUGAUAACUUAUGAUUCGAUAUAAAAGGCACUAAUGAAUAACUAACUUGCAUUUUCUUUUAAAUAAAUUCUGUCCUGUGGGGUUACCUGUAACUGAUUGAUUUUGAUUGAUAGUGGCAUCAUUUGAAGUCUUUUGCUGAGAAAACAUGGUACGGAGCGCAGUUCUGAUCUGUCACGAGUGGAUUUUGUGAACGUGUUAAUUAUAAGGUGAUUUUGAAGUACUGUAAUCAGAGAGGUAACGGUGAUGUAAGACACUCUGCUAUGUAACACAUGCCGGCUAGUGUUUUUUUUACCCCGUCAGGCAAAACAUUCUUCACCCGUUUGCUAGUUUCUUUGAAGACUUGCUAGAUAUGUCAGUCUUUCCACUUUUGGGUUUUUCCUUUUGGGUGCCUUGCAGGGUUGUUUAUACAGCAUGUUUAUAACUAAACUCUACUGUUAUGAUUUGCAUCGCUCAGUCCUUACUGCACUGCGGGGCUGGCUCACUGGGUUUGGUGUGACAGGCGAGUCGCUGCCAUCCCACAUACCAUCAAGGACGGCGUGCCCUAGCGCUGAGCCCUCAGUCACACAUCACGGGCGAGAUGGCGAUGCCAGUUUGCAUAGCCGUGCGGCUCUGGAAUGAAGGACAUUCAUGUGACAUGGAAGAGAACGUUCAAACUUUCACACACACGCAGCUGGGGUCAGCCUUAAGCCCUCCCGCACGGCGUUCCCCGCUCGCCGAGUGCUAUAAGCACUUCUCGUUAGGCCAUCUGUGGAUGAGAAUGACAAGACACAAAAGCAUGCGUUUGCCAUAAAUAGUACGGGCUGAUGAGCGCUACUCCGCAGCCCCGGAUCACAUUCCCCACAUGGGAGGCCGGCCGGCCGGACCUGGACUCCACCCAGGUUCAGUCAUUCCACAGCAGUGAUUUUUACAACGGCUCCGCACCGCUCUGGAUGGAAGACCCCUCUGAAUGUGUGCGCUCCAUAAACAGGUGUGGCCCGGCAGUCACUGUUAUCCCCGAAUUUGAUCAAUAAGUAGAGGUCUGCACAAGACAGAAUUUUAAAUCCCGCCCACAGCCAUAAGAUUCUGUUCCACUCCUGCAGAACUUUGUCACAUUUUGUCCAAAUCUAAGGAGAAAUACAUUUUAUUUCAUUAUGCUUAUUUUCAGGUUAGGAAUAAACCUGUAGCCUCAACAAAUGGGUUAAAUUCAGUGUUUAACAGUGAAAAGAGGCCAUGAUUCACACACAGUAGGCUAGUCACACAUGGGCAUGUUUUACCGCCAGUGUUUGCAGUAAUAAAAUCCACACAUUUGUUGUGGUUUUAUCUUUCA